GAGGUCUGCAGUCGGUGCAUCAGCCGUUUCUGUCAGCACCAUCACCAUCAUCCGCGGGGGUUGAAACCGGUUGACGCGGCGGGCACUCUUUAAUCGUCUAUUUCACAUGAGGCUGUUCGUGCAGUUUGAAGAGAAAGAGUAGCUACGCAGUUGUAUGUGAACCGAUGAGUAACCUCCUGAGGCGUCUGCUCAAAAGUGAGAGGCCUGAGUAGGACUUGGAUAUUCAUCAUAUUAAGGCUACAGCAGAAGAGCUGAAGGCGUCGUAUCGGAGGCUGUGCAUGCUCUACCAUCCUGACAAACAUCGAGACCCAGAGCUGAAAAGACAAGCUGAACAGCUUUUCAACCAGGUGCACCGGGCGUAUGAAGUGCUGAGUGAUGAUCACUCCAGAGCCAUCUAUGACAUCUUUGGGAAGAAAGGGCUGGAGGUGGAAGGCUGGGAGGUGGUGGAGAGGAAGAGGACUCCAGCAGAAAUCCGAGAGGAGUACGAAAGGCUGCAAAGAGAAAGAGAAGAGAGGAGACUGCAGCAAAGAACUAACCCCAAGGGCACCAUCAGUGUAGGUAUAGAUGCAACAGACCUGUUUGACCGCUAUGAUGAGGACUUUGAAGAGAUGCCAGGAGGAGGCUUUCCGCAUAUUGAAAUCAACAAGAUGCACAUUUCCCAGUCCAUAGAGGCUCCUUUGACGAACUCUGACACAGCAGUGCUGUCUGGUUCUCUCUCCACACACAAUGGAAAUGGAGGUGGCAACAUUAACAUGACUGUAAGAAGGGUUACAUCAGCCAAGGGCUGGGGAGAGGUGGAGUUUGGUGCAGGAGACAUACUGGGACCUCUCAUAGGACUGAAAUUACUGCGGAACAUCACUGCGCGGUGUUUCGUGACAGCACAGUGUGGACUGCAGUUCUCUCCCCGAGGUUUGCGACCAAGCUGUUCUCUGAUGACCGCACGUCACCUCGACCAAAACACUAUGGGCUACCUUCAGUGGCGCUGGGGGCCCAACAGCGCCAUGACCACCAGCCUGGUCCGAGAUACGAAGAGCAGCCACUGCACUUUGGCUCUGCAGCUGGGUGUGCCACAUUCCUACCUGAUGAUGAGCUACCAGUACAAGUUCCAGGAUGAAGACCAGACUAAAGUGAAAGGUUCUAUCAAGACCGGCUGGUUUGGCUCGGUGGUGGAAUACGGCGCGGAAAGAAAGAUCAGCCGACACAGUAUCCUGUCAGCCACCGUCAGCAUUGGCGUCCCUCAGGGAGUUACGCUCAAGAUCAAGUUAGCACGUGCCAGUCAAACGUACCUGUUUCCAAUCCACCUGACGGAUCAGCUGCUGCCCAGUGCUGUGUUUUACGCCACUGUUGGACCGCUGCUGGUCUACAUGGCCGUCCACAGGCUCGUCAUCAUCCCAUAUACACAAGCACAAAAAGAGCAAGAAUUGGAGCUGCAGAGGAAGAGCUCUGCCACAGACAUUGCCAAGAAGAAGCAAGAGGCAGAAUCUGCUGUUCUGCUGAUGCAGGAGUCUGUGAGGAGAAUCAUAGAAGCAGAAGAAUCCAAGAUGGGUCUGAUCAUCCUGAAUGCCUGGUACGGGAAGUUUGUGUCAGACACCAGCCAGAAGCAGGAGAAAGCCAAGGUCAUUGAUGUCACUGUGCCGCUGCAGUGCCUGGUUAAAGACUCCAAACUCAUCCUCACCGAGGCCUCGAAGACGGGGUUACCGGGCUUCUAUGACCCUUGUGUGGGAGAGGAGAAGAGUCUUAAACUGCUUUACCAGUUCCGAGGUGUGAUGCACCAAGUUAUCUCAGCGGACACUGAGCCCCUACGGAUACCCAAGCAAUCUCACAAAAUUGAGUCAGAGUCCUAGGGGCUCACAGCCCAAUGCAGAAGACGCAGACUCCGAGUAAACACAAGAAUUGGAUUUUGGAGGGGACACAUUGCAAAUAAGCCAGUUACUCUCCUCUGGUCCUCUUCUGCCGUGGUAUUAGUGAACCUGUUUAUCAACCGCCUCCUCUCCACUGUUCCCCGCGGGCCUUCUCCCAGAUUCGGCAGCACAGAGGUCAGCGCAGAGUUUCGACAAGGUGUUACCCUUUGACAGUGCUGCUCAAAUAUCUGCCUGCUGCAGGAGAUCAGGCGUCGGUCCUGUUAUUUUAUAUAUGCACUACACAGAAUCCCAGAGUGGUGACCACUCUGUUAAACGUGCACAGGUAGAUUUAAAGCUGUUCUCUUGGCAUUUGUUGUGUCAAGUGUAUACAAAUGAACUGUGCUGUCAUUUUAGCCCAUGUCAUAGCCUUCUAUAUGUCAGUCCGUACAUCUCCCAUGUAUGUGUAUUAGUUUGGUAGUGUUGAAUGUAAUGUAGUAAGAUACCAGUCACUUCACUGACUCGUGUACAGGUUCAGAGUGACCCUAUGCAUCAUGAUGUCUGCACAGCUCUGAGGAACAGUUCUCAUUUUUUGUUUUCUUGUUGGAAAUGUAAUGUGAUACGUUUGCUGCUCAUAGUUCAGAACAUACAAACCGGUGCUUAAAACGUGGACCUGUAAAGUUGGAUAUAUGAAAGUAGAGGGAGGGAACGCAAAAGUGAUGCCCUCUAAUGGCAGAGAUCCAACAAAGGAGACACAGAUAUUUCAGACCAGAGUGCAGUUAAAUUCAUUUAUUGCUGAUUUCACUGAUUUGCAUCAGUUUAUUGGUUCGGUUGGAGUAGAUGCAGACCUCUGAUAUCGUGAUGAAAUAUCAGUAUGAAGCGAGGCUCUUAUUCCUGGCUGGAUGCAGCCAGUAGGGGGCGUAGACGAGCGCCUCCCCUCAUGUAGGUGUGCUGCAGUCACUGAGGCAGGAGAUAACUGUAGUGUUACUGUAGCAGACCUAACCCUUUUUACAGGUUGUUACAUUUCACCAGUUUGAAUUUAAAUUUAGUGUAUAAUAAUGUUUGUUGUCAAUAUUGUACUUAAUCUUCUCUUAUUCUUUUAAAAAUGUCAGAUUUAAAUGAAUUCUAAACGCUGUAAACUUUUUGUAUAACAAGCAAAAAUGUUUGUUCAGUCAUUCGUUCCAGUUCCAUUUAAAUUACCGUUCAAUAAUGCAUUCUUUUUGGAAAACAUUUGCGGCACAAAUGUACAAAAUCUUUUCAUAUCAAAUGCACCAUAUGGCCAGGAGCUCACGUGUAAUGAGUUCUGGGUCUUAUCUAGCGUUGGGGUCAGUAGCUUUCAUACUGGAAGUACACAAAGGGAAGAGCAGCUAAAAGGUUUUCCCUUAUUUUGAUGGGAAACCCUGUAAUAAACUGCUGGUAAUCUAUGAACAUAGUACUGUAGGAUACAUGUGAACAUAAUUAAAUAAAAAGUCAUUUUUUGCACAAACUAUAUAGUAGCAGCGUUUGAGGUUACAGUAGUUUUCACCCAAGGGAUGCUGAAGAAUCUUAUGUUCAUGCUCUACAUUUUGUCCCACGAGGAGCAUCUAAGAAAAUAGUGGUGUCCAAUUGACCUUGUGUGGCAUCUGUCUUUUGAUUGAUUCUGCCAUUAGUGGUCACUUGGAGAAUCGUCCAUCUCUGCCCAUCUCUAAGGUGAAACUUAGAAUGUCCUUGGGUUGGGGUCAUUACUACAGUAGCUACUUUGCACUAACUGUUACCAACAGUACUUCGUCUUUUUAUUGUUACGUUUCUUUGACAGCUGGUCACCUCUGCUCUAGUGCCACCAUGAGGUCGGCAGAAAGACUGCUUCCUGUUGCAUUUCACAGUUUCAACCAACCUGAUCCAUAUUAAUAUGUAAAUGUUCUGUAUGUGUGAGGAGCCCAUGUUCUCAUUAUUGUGAAGACUGCAAUAAAUAUGAACAAAUCUGC